AAUUACAUACAAAAAUGUCCCGAAUUGGCAUCGAGAUCUGGUUCGUGUUUGUGAAAACAUCCCCAUUGUCCUUUGUGGUAAUAAGGUCGACAUAAAGGAACGUAAAGUUAAAGCCAAGACUAUUACAUUUCAUCGAAAGAAAAAUCUUCAAUAUUACGAUAUUUCAGCCAAAAGUAAUUAUAACUUCGAGAAACCAUUCUUGUGGUUGGCCCGUAAAUUAAUUGGUAAUCCUAAUUUGGAAUUUGUCGCUUCACCCGCCCUUGCACCGCCCGAAGUUACAGUGGAUCCAAAUCUUAUGGAUCAAUAUGCCAAAGAGUUGGAAACUGCCUCCGCCAUGCCACUUCCAGCAGAGGAAGAUGAAGACAUCUAA